AUGCACUAUUUUUAUCCCCAUGGUUGCAACUCAAUUGUAUCAAGAUAUGAAUGUUCCCCAUGGUUAUCGCCUGUCAUCCGCCAUCCUGUCAUCUGCCGUCCUGUCAUCUGCCGUCCUGUCAUCUGCUGUCCUGUCAUCCGCCGUCCUGUCAUCCGCCGUCCUGUCAUCCGCCGUCCUGUCAUCUGCCGUCCUGUCAUCUGCCGUCCUGUCAUCUGCCGUCCUGUCAUCUGCCGUCCUGUCAUCUGCCGUCCUGUCAUCCGCCGUCCUGUCAUCUGCCGUCCUGUCAUCUGCCGUCCUGUCAUCUGCCGUACUGUCAUCCGCCGUCCUGUCAUCCGCCGUCCUGUCAUCUGCCGUCCUGUCAUCUGCCGUCCUGUCAUCUGCCGUCCUGUCAUCUGCCGUCCUGUCAUCCGCCGUCCUGUCAUCCGCUGUCCUGUCAUCCGCCGUCCUGUCAUCUGCUGUCCUGUCAUCCGCCGUCCUGUCAUCCGCCGUCCUGUCAUCCGCCGUCCUGUCAUCCGCCGUCCUGUCAUCUGCCGUCCUGUCAUCUGCCGUCCUGUCAUCUGCCGUCCUGUCAUCCGCCGUCCUGUCAUCCGCCGUCCUGUCAUCUGCUGUCCUGUCAUCCGCCGUCCUGUCAUCUGCCGUCCUGUCAUCUGCCGUCCUGUCAUCUGCCGUCCUGUCAUCCGCCGUCCUGUCAUCCGCCGUCCUGUCAUCCGCCGUCCUGUCAUCUGCCGUCCUGUCAUCUGCCGUCCUGUCAUCUGCCGUCCUGUCAUCUGCCGUCCUGUCAUCCGCCGUCCUGUCAUCCGCCGUCCUGUCAUCCGCCGUCCUGUCAUCUGCCGUCCUGUCAUCUGCCGUCCUGUCAUCCGCCGUCCUGUCAUCCGCCGUCCUGUCAUCUGCUGUCCUGUCAUCCGCCGUCCUGUCAUCCGCCGUCCUGUCAUCUGCCGUCCUGUCAUCUGCAGUCCUGUCAUCUGCCGUCCUGUCAUCCGCCGUCCUGUCAUCCGCCGUCCUGUCAUCCGCCGUCCUGUCAUCUGCCGUCCUGUCAUCCGCCGUCCUGUCAUCCGCCGUCCUGUCAUCCGCCGUCCUGUCAUCUGCCGUCCUGUCAUCUGCCGUCCUGUCAUCUGCCGUCCUGUCAUCCGCCGUCCUGUCAUCCGCCGUCCUGUCAUCUGCUGUCCUGUCAUCCGCCGUCCUGUCAUCCGCCGUCCUGUCAUCUGCCGUCCUGUCAUCUGCCGUCCUGUCAUCUGCCGUCCUGUCAUCUGCCGUCCUGUCAUCUGCCGUCCUGUCAUCUGCCGUCCUGUCAUCUGCCGUCCUGUCAUCCGCCGUCCUGUCAUCCGCCGUCCUGUCAUCCGCCGUCCUGUCAUCUGCCGUCCUGUCAUCUGCCGUCCUGUCAUCCGCCGUCCUGUCAUCCGCCGUCCUGUCAUCCGCCGUCCUGUCAUCUGCCGUCCUGUCAUCUGCCGUCCUGUCAUCUGCUGUCCUGUCAUCCGCCGUCCUGUCAUCCGCCGUCCUGUCAUCUGCCGUCCUGUCAUCUGCCGUCCUGUCAUCUGCCGUCCUGUCAUCUGCCGUCCUGUUAUCUGCCGUCCUGUCAUCUGCCGUCCUGGCAUCUGCUGUCCUGUCAUCUGCCGUCCUGUCAUCUGCCGUCCUGUCAUCUGCCGUCCUGUCAUCUGCCGUCCUGUCAUCUGCUGUCCUGUCAUCUGCCGUCCUGUCGUCUGCUGUCAUGUCAUCUUCCAUCAUGUCACCCAUCUUACAUUCCCCAUGCGGGCCAUGCCAUUCCUCCUUCAACCAUUCUCCCCAUGCCUCGGUCCUUACUUCUGCCCCGCACCGUGCCCGAGUGACUGCAGGAAUGUCUCCAAUAAUAAACUCACAGGCUCCCUCCCUGAUUCCCUCGCAAACAUGGAUACCUUGGUUUACCUGGAUGUGAGUCGCUUUUUGGGUCGUCCCAAAAGAGCUUUUCUUCCGUGUCUCAUGUCCCCCUGUCCCCCUGGCAUCUCAUGUGCUUCAGGAAUGAGAGACCAAGGCAAAGCGCUGGUGAGCAGCAAGGCGGCAGCGCAGGUGUGUCAGGAGUAUUCACUGCAGGCGGUGGUGAAAGCCACCAAUGGGUGGUCCGAGAACAACCUGCUGGGUGCAGGGGCGUGUGUGAGUUGGCCACGAGGCAGGGUGUGUGAGAUGGCCACAAAGCACCACCCCAACCUCGUGCGACUACUCGGCUUCUCAAUCGGGAUUACCGACAAGACAAGGGUCGAGCAAAUCCUCAUCUACGAGCUCAUGCCCAACGGGGACCUCUCACGAUGGAUCGGGAAAGGCAUGAUUCUGCAAUGGAUGGGGGGGGGAGGGGGGGUUGGGGUAACACAGCAGCUCGAUCAGUCUGGCGAUGUGCUGGGGCCAGGCCUCAAGGACCCGCGCAUGGAGGCACAGGAUGAUCUUGUUCUCAAAGUGCUGCAGCUGGCGCUGCGAUGCACGGCCAAGCGCUCUGCCACUCGGCCCGGCAUGGUGGCGAUCGCAGCCGAGCUGGAGGGGGUUUUGGCAGAACUGAUCGGGUCAAAGAGGAAUGCAGCUGCUGAGGAGGUGGACAAGCAGAUUCUGGACUUGACACCUUCGGCAGAUAUUGAAAAGCAGCUAGCCCGCCUGGAUGCUGCUUUUGAUGAAAGAGAAGGUGCCGUGUAA